AUGGAAGUGAUAAAAUGUGAGUUGUUCCGGCGAGCGCUUGCGGAGAACAACCGGCGCUUCCGGGAAGAGGCGCGUCUUCGGCCGCUGCCCGACACGGACUCUAAUGACAACGGCAAGGCUACAACAUUGGACAAAUCUAUGGACGUGGAAUCCAGCGACGACGACAGCACCAAACUGACUGUCGAUGAAGACGCAUCACCAAAGACGAAACUGUAA